GCUGCGCUUCUGAAAUAUUGCAUGUCUGUUGUGAUUAUUUUUGUUGUUGUUUUGUGAUUGCUGUCAAAUUCAGAUAUAGUGAUAUCCGUGAUAUCAGUAAAGCAUUUUUGUUUAAUGUGUAGUUUUUACUAGGCCGGAUUGAUUUUUUGAUAUUUUGAGUAAGUGCUCGCGUUUUUUUGUAGUCACGUUUAACAUAGUAAAGAAAUAACGCAGUGCACCGUGUCAAUCUUGGAUUUUUAGAUCAACACUCAACGAUGGCUUUCAUUCAUGAGUCACGUUCACCGUCAUCUUAAACUUCCACCUUAUCAGAAGAAGAAAAAUCAUGCAAAUGGUCUCAGUGGAAGUUCCCAGUCCAUACGAGCACUAGCGAUGUCGUCCAGCCAGGAAUACCCGGAUAUGCCCGAUUGGGUGCAGCCGUUGGAAAGCCAAGUAGCUGGUCAUACGUUUCAACAGAAAACGGAUAGUAUAGGUUUGUUAAAAACUGUCAACGAAAAUGAGAUUCUCAAACCAGCCGGAAAGGUACUAUGUGGAGCUCGUGAAAUCAAAUUUUACGAACAGAUUCAAUCUGCUAGUACGGAAACGGAUUUGGUGAUGUUGAAGGGAAUCAUUCCACAGUAUCUAGGGCACACAAAAAUACCAGUAGAUGGAAAACUCGUCCAGUUUAUCAAACUUUCGGAUUUGACCCAUGGUAUGUUGGAACCGUGCGUAAUGGACGUUAAGAUCGGUUGUCGCACUUGGGAUCCUUUGGCUACACCAGAAAAGCGAAAAGCGGAAGAAUCCAAGUAUCAAGCUUGCAAGCAGAAUUUGGGCCUGUGCAUUCCUGGUUUUCAAGUUUACUCUAUCGCAAACGGCCGACGAAUGCGAUAUGGCAGGGACUAUGGCAAAAAGUUGACUGAAGUUACUGUGAGAGACGCAUUCCGUAAAUUCCUGAACGCUGACAGUGGUCUUUGUCGACAACUAUUGAUGCAGUUCCUAUCCGAUCUGUGGACAAUCCAGAAAUGGGCCCGAACACAAACCACGUUUCGACUAUACUCCAGCUCCGUCCUGCUAGUGUAUGAUGCGCGUCGUCUGAAACCAAUACUUCAGUAUCAACCCAAAAGUCUGAUUAGUUAUAGUUCUGUACCCACCAGCAACAGUGUAGGUCCUGGUAGUCCCACAGUCAUCACUGAUGGAUCGAAUAGCCCAAUCGCUGGUUCCAGCUCACCGGUACAGCUUUCGCCUACCGGUGGAGAUACGGGUAUCGAUCCACUGCAACAUUACUUCAAAAUUCAAAGAAGUCAUUCAGCUAUCCAUAAUUAUGAAGAGGAAAUGAAGACAAUGCGUGAAAAUUACGUUUUUAUGAGAGAUAAUCUAGUCGGAUCGUACAACAACAAAGUAUGGGCAAGCGCUCGCAUGAUUGAUUUUGCACAUGCCUUCAUGGCUGAGGAUAGUACCAUCGAUAGCAACUAUCUACAGGGAAUUGAGAGUUUGGUGAAAAUUUUCGAAGGUUUCCUGAAAGAAUGUGAAUCAGAGAAUGUACCCAAACCAGGCGUGCCAUAAAGGGAGAGCCGAUGACAAUAUAAAACGUCCACAUUUGUGUCGUGAUCAUAAAUCUUAAAUUUCGAUCUACCCAAGUGUUCGCGGAUGAGGCUAGUAACUAUCUACGGGAUACUGAAGAGUUGGUGAGAAGAUUUGAGUGUUUCAUGAAGUGAUAUAAAUUUAGCUAUUAAUAACCGUACAGGUCAAAAAAUUGCAUUUGUAUAAAAAUUGUAAAUCAUAAAAUUUUGUUUCGAUUAUACUUUCCUACUUAGUUUACUCAUUCAGAAUUGUUACGAGAUACUCAUGAGAAAGAUUUACCAUUAACAUAUGUGACAGUGUUGACCCAUACAUUACAUAGCUUAUAUUUUUUACCAAAUGUUUCACUUUUUGUGUGGUGUGACUCUUCCUGGCUUUCUUUACAAAACUCGGAAGGAUAUUGGUUGAGCAAAUCGUGGUUACAAACAAAGAUGUUGCUACAAAUUACGCUUUUAAAUUAGGUUUAGGUGCUAGUUUCCGAAUAUACCUACAAUAUUAAUAAAAUGUUUGAUAAGUUUA